AUGGUGUCUCGGCUUCGUCUUGCUCUAGAGGCUGUUCUGGGUGCGAGACGGCGGAAGAAAAUGGCGACUCGCGGUGGUGGUGGUGGUGGUGGUAGUAAGAAGAAAGGUUUCUCCGUAAACCCUAAAGACUACAAGCUUAUGGAAGAAGUUGGAUAUGGUGCUAGUGCUGUUGUUCAUCGAGCAAUUUAUCUCCCUACUAAAGAAGUCGUCGCUAUCAAGUGUUUGGAUCUCGAUCGCUGCAAUACCAAUCUUGAUGAUAUAAGAAGGGAGGCACAGACAAUGAGUUUGAUAGAUCAUCCAAAUGUUAUAAAGUCGUUUUGUUCGUUUGCUGUUGACCAUAAUCUAUGGGUGGUCAUGCCAUUCAUGGCUCAAGGUUCGUGCUUGCAUCUCAUGAAAGCAGCGUAUCCAGAUGGAUUCGAAGAGUCGGCGAUAUGUUCUAUGCUGAAAGAAACACUAAAAGCUCUUGAUUACCUUCAUAGACAAGGGCAUAUCCAUCGUGAUGUUAAGGCUGGAAACAUACUUCUUGAUAACACUGGGGAGAUUAAGCUCGGUGAUUUUGGCGUCUCUGCGUGUUUGUUUGACACUGGAGAUAGGCAACGUGCAAGAAACACAUUUGUUGGUACUCCGUGCUGGAUGGCACCGGAGGUCUUGCAGCCAGGAAGUGGAUACAAUUCAAAAGCUGAUAUCUGGUCGUUUGGAAUAACGGCGCUGGAGUUGGCUCAUGGUCAUGCGCCUUUCUCAAAAUAUCCUCCCAUGAAGGUACUACUGAUGACUAUUCAAAAUGCACCGCCUGGACUUGAUUAUGACCGUGAUAAGAAGUUUUCAAAGUCCUUUAAAGAAAUGGUAGCAUUGUGUCUGGUGAAAGAUCAAACGAAAAGACCAACCGCUAAGAAGUUGUUGAAACACUCCUUUUUCAAGAACGCAAAGCCUCCAGAGAUCUGUGUGAAAAAGUUAUUUGCCGAUUUGCCACCGCUUUGGACUCGCGUGAAAGCUCUUCAGGCCAAGGAUGCUGCACAGCUUGCGUUGAAAGGAAUGGCUUCUGCUGACCAAGAUGCUAUAUCACAGAGUGAAUAUCAAAGAGGAGUAAGCGCUUGGAACUUCAACCUUGAAGAUUUGAAAGAACAAGCUUCUUUGCUAGAUGAUUAUGACAGCUUAACAGAGAGUAAGGAAGAAGAUGAACCUUUUGGCGAACAGUUGCAUAAUAAGGUGAAUGACAGAGAGCAAGUAUUUAGUCAACUGCUCUCUGAAAACAUGAAUGGAAAAGAAAAAGUUUCAGAUACGGAAGUGGUAGAGCCGAUCUGUGAAGAGAAACCCGCUUCUUCUACAGAACAAACGGCACCAAGUUCAGAGCACGACGUUCCACAGGCCAAGGCUAAGCCAGUGAGACGCCAGACUCAGAGUGGACCACUUUCACCCGCUAUUUUGUCAACCAAUACGGAUUCAGGGAAGGUCCAUGGUUAUGCAAGGCCUGAGAGUGAACGCCAGCCCACAUCAGUCCGGAAGGCACCUAGCUUUAGUGGUCCAUUGAAUCUUCCAAACCGUGCUUCAGCAAACAGUUUUUCAGCUCCUAUUAAAUCUUCUGGAGGAUUCCGUGAUUCUCUCGAUGACAAGUCAAAGGCUAAUGUGGUUCAAAUCAAAGGAAGAUUUUCAGUAACAUCAGAAAACUUAGAUCUUGCAAGGGCAUCCCCGCUGAGAAAAUCUGCUAGUGUUGGGAAUUGGAUACUCGAAUCCAAAAUGCCGACGUGUCAGCCCAUCAAGGAGUUAAAUAGUCAUCCUGUGUCUCCCUCAUUCAUCAUGCCUCAGCUUCAAAAUCUGUUCCUGCAAAAUUCAAUACAACAGGAUCUUAUUAUGAAUCUACUGAAUAGCUUACAAGUUACUGAAGUAACAACAGAUGGUUCUCAAAAUGGAAAGUUGCCACCUUUGCCUCGAGGACCUGACAGUAAUGGAACCGUUGUUGAACCAACAGCUUCUGAGAGAGAAAGGUUACUACUUACCAAGAUCUCUGAGCUUCGAGCAAGGAUGAUGGAGGUGACAGAAGAACUUGAAGAAGAAAAAUCAAAACACAAUCAACUACAGCAGAAACUGAAAUUAUUUACCGGACGCGAGCAAUUGUAA